UUACUUCUUACCCAUCUUAAGCCGUUUUUUGAAUCGUAAAAUCAACGGCUCGGAUUCCAUUUUUUGAGCAGGGAAGUGUAGAGAUUUCUGGAUCCUUCCACUCUUAUCGCCGCUUGGGCGCCAACUCUCUCUCCCUCUCUUCAGUUCGUCUUCAGUGUCUGUCGUCUCUGCCAAUACAUUUCCAGUGUCGAGUGAGCAUACCUUCGGAAAAUCCAGCCAUCGGAGAUUACUCUGCUUGUUUUUGCAAUUUUAGGGUUUAUAGGAAACAUACAUCAGAGAAAACCUAAAAAAUGCACGCACCGGUACUCGUUCUAAAGGAUUCCUUGAAGCGGGAGUCUGGAAGCAAGGUUCAGCAUGCUAACAUCCAAGCAGCAAAGGCCGUGGCUGACAUUAUUCGUACGACCUUGGGACCUAGAUCCAUGUUGAAGAUGCUUCUUGAUGCUGGUGGAGGGAUAGGAGUUACUAAUGAUGGAAAUGCAAUUCUUCGUGAGUUAGAUCUUGCACACCCAGCAGCAAAGUCCAUGAUUGAAUUAAGCCGUACCCAGGAUGAAGAAGUUGGAGAUGGAACCACGUCUGUUAUUGUUCUCGGUAUGGUCAACAUAAUCUCUACAAUCUUGUGGUGGAAUAUUUAUACUUGGGCAGUCUUGUUGAAAAUGGAGGAGGAAUAUAUUGAGAAUCUUUGUGCGCAAAUACUAAAGUUCAAACCUGAUGUUGUAAUCACUGAAAAGGGUCUUAGUGACCUAGCAUGCCAUUACCUGAGUAAGGCUGGUGUUAGUGCAAUUAGGAGGUUGAGGAAGACUGAUAACAACAGAAUUGCCAAAGCUUGCAGGGCUGUUAUUGUGAACAGACCAGAUGAAUUGCAGGAGUCAGAUGUUGGUACUGGGGCUGGGCUAUUUGAAGUUAAGAAAAUUGGGGAUGAGUUCUUUGCAUUUAUUGUUGAUUGCAAAGAUCCAAAAGCAUGUACUGUGCUUUUAAGAGGACCUAGUAAGGAUCUCCUCAAUGAAGUAGAACGAAAUCUUCAGGAUGCUUUGUCAGUUGCAAGGAACAUAAUUAAGAAUCCAAGACUUGUUCCUGGUGGGGGUGCAACAGAGUUAACCGUUUCUGCUACCUUAAAGCAGAAGAGUUCAUCCAUUGAAGGCAUAGCAAAGUGGCCUUAUGAAGCUGCAGCUAUUGCUUUUGAGGCUAUUCCACGGACCUUAGCCCAGAAUUGUGGGGUUAAUGUGAUUCGGACAAUGACUGCAUUGCAGGGAAAGCAUGCAAAUGGUGAAAAUGCUUGGAUUGGCAUAGAUGGAAAUACUGGUGCAAUUGUUGACAUGAAGGAGCAUAAGAUCUGGGAUGCCUACAAUGUGAAGGCUCAAACCUUUAAGACAGCAAUAGAAGCUGCUUGCUUGCUUCUUAGGAUUGAUGACAUUGUUAGUGGCAUCAAGAAGAAGCAGGCCCCUGGUGCAGGCCAAGCUCCAUCAAAGCCGAAGAUUGAGACAGAAGCAGAUGCAGAUGGCGAGCAAAUACUUCCUGAUUGAAGAAGGUAAACUGGAAGUAAAAUUGGCAGUUGCUAAAAUAUACUUGAGGAAAGAAAUGAUGGCUUCUUUGUUGUCAAAAAGUGUUUUAUUGAUCUUUUCCUGGAAGUUCUUCCCCAAAUUUUGGGCCCUCAACCUCAGUUGUUUUGCUUAUGACUGUUGUUGGGGGCAAUUGUAGGUUAUCAAUUUGCUUUCAUUUAGGACUUUAUUAGGUCAACAAGAAUUCUUUGUCGAUCUCUUAUCCAGCUUUGAUGGUUUCUUUCUUAAUUAUUGUGGAUUUGUUGUGAAGUGUAUGAUUCCAUGUGGUGGUCUAGUGCAAAUGGGUUGCUGAAAACUUAGAUCAUCCCUGUUCCUUCUUGUCAACAAUCAGGCUGACUGCAUAUCCUGUGUUGGCGUAUCUGGUCACAUAUGAAAUGAUAUGAUAUGUUAUUUAGAA